AUGCCGCCGAAGUUUGACCCAUCCCAGGUAGUCGACGUCUUCGUCCGCGUUACCGGUGGAGAGGUUGGCGCGGCGAGUUCUCUUGCUCCCAAGAUCGGUCCCCUCGGUCUCUCCCCCAAGAAGAUCGGAGAAGACAUCGCCAAGGAAACCGCAAAAGACUGGAAGGGCCUAAGAGUCACCGUCAAGCUCACCGUGCAGAACCGUCAGGCUAAAGUCACGGUUGUUCCCUCAGCUGCUGCGCUCGUCAUCAAGGCCCUGAAGGAGCCCGAACGCGACCGGAAGAAGACCAAAAAUAUCAAACACAAUGGAAACAUAUCGCUCGAUGAUGUCAUCGAGAUCGCUAGGGUUAUGAGGCCGAGGUCCAUGGCGAAGGACCUUAGCGGCUCGAUUAAGGAGAUUCUUGGGACCUGUGUCUCCGUCGGAUGCACUGUUGAUGGAAAGGAUCCUAAAGACUUGCAGCAGGAAAUCACCGAUGGUGAUGUUGAGGUCCCUCUCGAUUGA